AUGGAUCGUUAUGAAAAAUUAACAAGAAUAGGAGAAGGUGCAUAUGGUGUUGUGUUUAAAUGUCGUCAUCGUGAUACUGGAGAUAUAGUUGCUAUUAAAAAAUUUACCGACUCUGAAGAAGAUCCAGUAAUACAUAGAAUCGCAAUGCGAGAAAUUCGUACAUUGAAACAAUUAAAACAUCCAAAUCUGAUCAAUUUAAUUGAAGUUUUCAAACGUAAACGCCGAUUGCAUUUGGUGUUUCAGUAUGUUGAUCAUACAUUAUUGCAUGAAUUGGAGAAACAUACUAAAGGGUUGGAUAGAUUACAAAUAAGAAAAUUAACAUAUCAAUUGUUACAAGCAGUGAAUUUCUGUCAUGCGCAUAAUUGCAUUCACCGUGAUGUUAAACCAGAGAAUAUACUUAUUACAAAAUCUGGUCAGUUAAAGUUGUGUGAUUUUGGUUUUGCAAGAUUAUUAACUGGACCAGGUGAUGAAUAUACUGAUUAUGUGGCAACACGAUGGUAUAGAGCACCAGAAUUACUCGUUGGUGAUACACAAUAUGGUACACCAGUAGAUAUAUGGGCUAUUGGAUGUGUUGUUGCUGAAAUGUUGACUUCUCUACCAUUAUGGCCUGGUCGAUCAGAUUUAGAUCAGUUGCACUUGAUUACACAAACAUUGGGUGAUUUGGUACCACGUCACAGAGAAAUCUUUGAGAAAAAUUGUUUUUUUAAAGGUUAUAAAUUAAUUGUUCCUGAAAAUCGAAAAGAUUUGGGUGAGAAAUUCACUUCGUUACAACCGCCAAUUACUUCGAAAGAAUUAAAUUUUUUACAGAGCUGUUUAAGCAUGGAUCCUACAGAACGACUUAAUAGUGAGGCAUUAUUAAAACAUCCAUAUAUGGAAAUGCACGGAAGACACCCACAUUAUUAUCAUGGUGAAUUAAAACAAGUAUGUAGUUCAUGUGGAGAUGGUUAUAAUAAUCAUGGAAUGAAAAAAAAAGCUGAACGUAAUUUCAUUCAAAAUUCACAAAAUAAACCAGUUAUGAUUAAUCAAAUUAGUACUGGGACAAUGAUCCCAAGACGUAAAUAUCAACAACAGCAAAUUCCGCAACAAUCUACUGAUCGAAAUCAAACAACUGCUACACCACAAAAUGAGUCCAAUUCAAUUUCACCGACAUGUUUCCCUCCAACUAGUAGUAUUACACCAAGUUUUAAUGCUGGUCGAACAAACUGGUUUGUUCCAGGAGUUGUUGGUCAAAGUCUAUAUAAUCCGUCGCAAAUAGGACUGCCUGCUCUGCCAACUAAUCUACAUUUACAACCAAUCCCAGUAACUACUACAUCUACACCAUCAAAUAACAAUGCUCAAUCAAUGAUGAUGGUAACAGGUAAUCAGAAAUCUAAUUUAGGAUGGAAAUAUCCUAAAUCAAAUCAAAUGAUUAUGACAUCAACAAACAGUAACAAUUCGAUAUCAUAUUUCCCAAAUCCGGACAUUAAUAAUAAUAAUAACAAUAAUAAUAAUAAUUCAUCAAAUAUAGACAAUGGGCAUAAUUCUAACGAUACAAACGUUGCACACAGUACACUUCAAUCAAAUUUGAUUGGAAUACACCUACCGAACAUAUAA